GUUAGGGUAGACCACAUCACUGUUUCUCAAAACUGGAGGACCAGAAAUACAAAUUGCUAAUAGAUGAGAGACCGUUGUUUUUUUUUUCAUUCGAAUGGUGCGACCAAGCUUCGAAUCCGAUCACCAACCACCUGUAUCGGCCUGAAAGGAUUUUCUCGUUCAACAAUUUUCAAAUUUCUGGGGAACAACAGAAAGAGAAAUAGAGUGCGAGUGCAAGAAAUAGAUAUACAUCCUUAUACAAAAUCGAGUAUUCAGCAAAUGUUCGAUCUUGCAAAGUGAGAAUUCAUCCAAAUUAAAUGGCGUCGUCGAUUCAGGGAAGCGACGGUGGUUGGGUGGAAAGAAAACCGAGACAACUUGGUGGAAUUUCCGAUGCUCUCUCCAUCGCUUCCGACCUCGGUUUCUCUGUUCGAUCCCCUCCUUCCAAGAAGUUAUCAUUUAGCAAUGAUAAAAAGUGCGAGGACUUUGUAAGACUAUUGCACGAACUUACCAUGGUACAAAGGAAAAUUACAGAUCUGCAUGUGGAACUUCAAGGUCGAAAGGAAGAUAUGAAUGUCUCACACUUGACGCAUGUGAGUGAAAUGGAAAAAAAGAUACAAACUUUAGCAAGGAUCACUCGUAUAUUGAGAGGUGUUAUCCAGAAUAAGGAUCGUAUUUUAGCCCGUCUUCAUCAACCAUACCCGGUAGAUUGCAUUCCCGUGGAAGCAGAAUAUCAGAAACAAUUCUCGGAACUAUUAAUGAUGGCAGCGAGUGAUUAUGGUACUCUAACAGCAUCUGUUUCUGAUCUCCACUGGGCUGAAAACUUUAAGGAACCACCGUCUAUAUGGAGGGAGAUGUUGUGUCCAAUUCCUGUGGCAUUGGUGUCAUGUACGAGGUAUUUUGAAGCAAUUACAGCUAUGAGAGAAUCUUUUGUGACGCUUCAAAAGAUGAGGGCGGGCCCAUCCCAAUCAUCGAGCAAAUAUGCGUCUCGUAGAACAUCGCCAACAGAAUCAGAAUGCGUGACUCCGAGGUCAUCGGCAAAUGAUUUGGAUCUUAGAAGUCCGUGAAUUCAUAGAGUUGAGAAGGAAGAAAGAGAAGAUGAAAAUAAUCAGAUGAUACGAGCGAGAGAAGAUUGUCUUUGUAAAGAUCAAAUGACUAUAAAUAAAAUUAUUUAAUUGUUUCAUCGGUUUGGUAUACAAUUAAAAUUUAAUAAAAGAGUUAGGG